CAAAAGAAUACAGAGAUUUCUAGCUCUGUAUAGUAAAAUACUUGCGCAAAAAACUACUUACGACCAUAAUGAAGUUGGGUAGAAAUUAAUUGAGUAACGACAUAAGAUGAGUACUAUACACAGUAUAGUCAGUGUCGUUAACCAAUUUGGUAGAGAAAGAGGUUGACAAGACGACUCAUGGUAAGUUGGAACCUACAAGUCACUCACACUCACAUGGGCUGGUCUCUCCCAAAAUUUACCUACAAGUCACUCACAUUCACAUAAACUGGUCUCUCCCAAAAUUUAACUCCACACAGUCAUCAACACACCUUGUCCUUUCUAUUUCAUGCCAAGUCAAUGUAAACAGAACACCCUCCAAAUCUUAUCCCCAACACUAAUAUAUAAUAAAGUGAGCUAACGUACCAAAAAUACCAUCAAACAUAGCUAAGUCUCUAGACCAAAGGCUACCCAAAAAACAAGAAAAAAGAAAAAGAAAAAGUCUCUAGACCAAAGAAAAAUUAAGCACAAACACAAACAUGGAAAAGUCUAGAACUAGUAGUGCUUGCAAGAAGAAGAAUAGCAUUGUCAAGCUCAAAGUUGUAGUAGAAAAGCUACAAAGAAGUCUAUAUUUGGGAAGAUCAAAACCAUCAAAUUAUUCCGAUGACUCAACACGUGUGCCGGAAGAUGUGAAGGAGGGUCACUUUGCUGUGAUAGCUGUGGAUGGAGAUGAACCAAAGAGAUUUGUGGUGGCCUUGAGUUACUUAACACACCCAACUUUCUUGAAGCUAUUGGAGCAAGCAGCUGAGGAGUAUGGUUUUGAUCAUGAAGGCGCACUCACCAUUCCUUGCCAGCCACGAGAGCUUGAGAAGAUAUUAGAUGACGAUCGGCAAUGGCAGAAGGAAGAAAGAAGCUCCUCUAGUGAUGGGAACUGGGGUUCUUGUAAAGCUAUGGUGCAGAGCUAUUGAUCAUGAACAAAUUUGGUUUUUCAUAUAUAUUAUAUAUAUGUCAUGUCUCUUUGCUGUACCUCUGCCAUCUUUUACAUGGUGUAUUAGAUUAAUUUGUUUUCAUUUCUCAAUAGUAAUUUGCCCACGAGCAGAGGCAGAAAAUUUUUGCCA